UAGUAAAAAGCACAGCAGCCAGCCAACACAAGAAACUGAAAAAUGGUUAAAACAGAUCCACCCCCACCAAAACAAAACUCCCUUCUAUUCCUUCUCUCUCUACCCAUACUCCUCGCACUCUUCCUAUCCGUGGCAUGGUACCAACUCGACUCCUUCGACGCAGCUCCUCUCCCUAUGCACGAGUUGACUCAUGACGCCGUCGCUGCGCCGCUGCUUAAUGCCCGCAUACUGCAAGGUUCUGACAAGAUUGGCGCCGGGAAAAUGGUGGGCCCCGAGGAUGUGUUGUAUGAUUCAGGGACUGGAGUGUUGUACACGGGGUGUGCGGACGGGUGGAUUAAGCGAGUUAGUGUGAACGACUCGGCUCAAGACUCGGUUGUGGAGGACUGGGUUAACACUGGCGGACGUCCACUCGGACUCGCUCGGGGGCUGCAUGGGGAAAUAAUUGUUGCUGACGCUGAUAAGGGACUACUGAAUGUGAGUGAAGAUGGUGUGAUAGAGUUGUUAACAGACUCGGCAGAAGGACACCAAUUCAAGCUAACAGACGGUGUAGACAUAGCAGAAGAUGGGACAAUCUAUUUUACAGAUGCUUCUUAUAAAUACAGCUUGCAUCAGUAUCCACUUGACAUUCUCGAGGGUAGACCUUAUGGAAGAUUAUUGAGCUAUAAUCCUUCUACUCGGCAAACCAAAGUCCUCGUCCAUGACCUCUACUUCGCUAAUGGUGUUGUGGUCUCUCCAGAUCAGAAAUUUGUAGUCUUCUGUGAAACUCCCAUGAGAAGAUGUAAAAAAUACUAUAUAGGGGAUGAAAGGAAAGGAUCUGUUAACACAUUUGUGGAUAGACUACCUGGUUUUCCUGACAACAUUCACUAUGAUGGAGAAGGUCAUUUCUGGAUUGCUCUCAGCUCGGAAGCGACAGAUUUAUGGCAUUUUAUUCAAAACUAUCCUUUCCUGCGAAAGAUAAUGGGCAUCGUAAUCAAGUACUGGGGACAUCUGCCACCAAUUCUUAAAAGCAGCGGAGCUAUGCUUGCUGAUUUAGAAGGAAAGGUGAUAGAGCACUAUUAUGAUCCCAGUUUGAUAUACCUUGCAAGUGCCAUAAAGAUCGGAGACCAUCUCUAUGCUGGUUCUAUUGUCAAUCCUUACAUUUUCCGUCUCAACGUCACUAGAUAUCCAGCAACCUCUAGUGCCUAAACGAUAUCCGAAUCAAACUAUAUAUGAUCUCUGUGUAUUACAUGUCGUACAAACUCAUUUUUAUUUUGUAUGCUUGAUGACUGUUUAUAGUUUCCUUUUGAGUAUAGAGAGACUAGUCAUGGGAACAUUGGAAUGUAUUUUUCUAGAUUUUCAGAAGCUGGUGGCUACAAUAAUAUGAGACAUUUGAAAUAGUGAGAUGCUGACUUUUAAGUUGAA